AAGGCUUAUGGUGUAAGCAAAAUCUUGUUGAAAUCAAGACUUUAGGAAUUUCAAUUCUGAAUAAUCCGUUCAUAAUUGCUCCUGUUGCCUGAAUGGCUAGAUAAAUUUUCGUAGACGCCAUUGUCAGCCUCGAAGUAAAAGCUGAAGUUUCAUGCAGUGUUUAAGUGAAAGAUGCUUGGCACAUGCAAGUAUUUUUCAAGCUGCACGAGGAUAUAGGCAUGUUUUGGGUAGAAAAAUGAGGUUUAAUGGUCUUCUGUUGUGCAAUAUCUCAAAAUAUUUCUCUCCAUCUAAACAUAAAUUAACAGAGAAUCUAUUUCAUCAAGUAGAUAGUUAUGGCAGAGCAAGAAGGUUGGACCAGCGAAAACUGUUCAGUAAGGUAUCCCCCGCUAUGCCUCAUGAUAGUUUCGAUGAACUCUUUGAUGAAGAAAAAGAUGAUUUUGAUGCAUCUUUGGCACGGAAACAAUUUCCUUCUAUCAUGUUAGGGCGAUCUAGACCAGUAGAUUUAUAUGAUGGAAGUUCAGAUGGCCCUGAAACUGAGCUUCUUCAUAGCUCCAUUGGUACGGAAAUGGUGGACCCAGAUGUGCUGUAUGACUCAUGGGGUUCAACAACAGAUGAGUUCAAUCAAUUUUCUUCCAACAAAACCAAAAGUAAAUCGAAUCAGGGUAGCCUGGGUUCAACAUGCUCUCCAUCAAUUUCUCAGAAUGAGAAACCUUCAUCAAAAGAAGAAAACUUUUCUGCCUUGCCGUCAUUUACUAAAUCCCAAAAUUCACAAAAGUCAGAUCUUCAAUGUGCUUUUGAUGAUCCUUCUAAUAGAGGUGCACUUCAGGAUCAACCAGACACUGCACCAUUUGAAUUGAUACUUGAUAAAUCUAUCAGUUGUAUACCUGCAUUAAGCAAGAAGCUGUGCAAUCAGUUGGAAAACUCUGGUUUGCCUACGAUAAGGAAGUUGUUGAGUCAUUUCCCUCGGACAUAUGCUGAUCUACAGAAUGCACAGUUUACAAUUGAUGACGGGCAGUACCUGAUAUUUGUUGGAAAAGUUUUAUCAUCCAGGGGAAUCAAGGCAAGCUGUUCUCUAUCAUUUCUUGAGGUGAUUGUUGGUUGUGAGGUUGCUGAAAGUGGUUCAGCUUCUGCAUGCAUGGUUUCUGAAAAGACUAGUGGAAGCAAGAGAACAAUAUAUCUGCACUUGAAGAAAUUUUUCCGCGGGACUCGUUUUACGAAUCAAUUUUUUUUGCGAAGUAUCCAGGAGAAGCAGAAAGCAGGAGACAUUGUAUGUGUCAGCGGGAAGGUGAGGACUAUGUCUAUGCGAACCAAAGAUCAUUAUGAAAUGAGGGAAUAUAGUCUGGACUUAAUCCGAGAUGAUGAUGAWGAAUCUGCCUGUGCUGAAGGGAGGCCAUAUCCAAUUUACCCUUCAAAAGGUGGUCUCAAUCCAAAGUUACUUGGGAACAUUAUUGCAAGGGUGCUAGAUGCCUUGCCUCCUGACAUAGAUCCUAUCCCAAAGAAUAUUCUCCAGAUGUUUGGAUUAAAGAGCCUUCGUGAUGCAUAUUUUGGGAUUCACCAGCCAGCAAAUUUUAAUGAGGCUGAUUUAGCUCGCAAAAGGAUUAUUUUUGACCAGUUCUUCUACCUUCAGUUAGGACGCUUGUUCCAAAUGCUUGAAGGACUUGGUACAUGGAUCGAGAAGGAUGGUUUGCUAGACAAGUACAGAAACCCUGCAACAAAUGCUGUACUUGCUGACGAAUGGUGCAUUCUUACUAAGAAGUUCCUGAAGGCCUUACCAUAUUCGUUAACUUCUAGUCAAUUAAGUGCUGUUUCAGAAAUCAUUUGGGAUUUAAAGCGACAAGUUCCAAUGAAUCGACUUUUGCAGGGGGAUGUGGGAUGUGGGAAAACUGUGGUAGCUUUCUUGGCAUGUAUGGAGGUUAUCGGUUCAGGAUAUCAGGCAGCUUUCAUGGUUCCAACUGAGUUGCUUGCCAUCCAACACCACGAUCACCUUCUUAAUUUGCUUGAGAAUAUGGAAGAUGUACAUUGCAAACCAUCUGUUGCUUUGCUAACUGGCUCGACUCCAAUAAAGAGGGCGCGCCAAAUUCGUGAGGGUCUCCAAAGUGGAGAAAUUGCACUUGUCAUUGGGACCCACAGUUUAAUUGCUGAAAAGGUGGAAUUCUCCUCUUUACGGAUUGCUGUGGUAGAUGAGCAACACAGAUUUGGUGUGAUCCAGAGAGGUCGAUUUAACAGCAAGCUGUACGGCAACUCCAUAAAUUCCAGAUUGGCUGAAAUUGAUUCAACUGGCUCCUCAAAAGGCGACAUAAAUAUGGCUCCUCAUGUACUUGCUAUGACUGCCACCCCAAUCCCAAGGACUCUUGCUUUAGCAUUGUAUGGAGACAUGUCUCUGACACAAAUAACCGAUUUACCUCCUGGGAGAAAACCAAUAGAUACAUUUAUAGUUGAAGGAAAUGAGACUGGCUUUGAAGAGGUUUAUCAGAUGAUGAAUGGAGAAUUAGAAUCAGGAGGGAGAGUGUAUAUAGUUUACCCAAUUAUUGAUCAAUCAGACCAACUUCCUCAGCUUCGUGGCGCUUCUGCUGACCUUGAAGUGAUAUCAAAUACGUUUGAAAGUGCCAAUUGCGGCUUGUUACAUGGGAGAAUGAAAAGUGAUGAGAAAGACGAAGCUUUGAGACGGUUUAGAUCAGGAGAGACACAAAUUUUGCUUUCUACUCAAGUCAUUGAGGUUGGUGUUGAUGUACCAGAAGCUUCGAUGAUGGUUGUUAUGAAUGCUGAGAGAUUUGGGAUGGCUCAACUACACCAACUUAGGGGACGAGUUGGACGUGGGGUCCGCAAGUCAAAGUGUGUACUUUUGUCUUCAACGACCAGUGGUCUGGCUCGAUUGAAAGUUCUAGAGAAAUCAUCAGAUGGUUUCCAUCUGGCUAACAUGGACCUUCUUCUGCGUGGUCCUGGUGACUUGCUUGGUAGGAAACAGUCAGGACAUCUUCCAGAGUUUCCAGUUGCCAGAUUAGAAAUAGAUGGAAAUAUACUACAGGAAGCACACCUUGCUGCACUGACAAUUUUAGGCGAGUCGCAUAAUUUGGAGAAAUUCCCAGCACUUAAAGCGGAGCUCAGUAUGAGACAACCGCUCUGCCUUUUAGGUGAUUAAUGGAAAGAUGCAUCAUGAAGCCAACAGAAGACUCACACAUCUAAAAUGUUGGUGGACGUAAGAUUAAUAUGCAGUUUCAGAACCUUGUAAAUACCUCCUGAUUCUUGAAGCCCACCCAGGGAUGUGCCUAAUGCUUCCAUGCAGUUGAUAUUUAGGGAGAGUAGCAGUUAAACGCAGAUAUGAUGAAAUGAAAUUUUGUGGGUUGAACGGUACAGUAUAUUACCCAAUUCAUCUCUUUCGAUGCUUUCUAUGUAUGUAUGUAUGUAUGUACAAACCUGAUGAGAUAUCCAGAUGAACUUUCUUAUGUUAUAAUCUGACUUACACUUCCU